AUGAAUGUUCUAGAUGUGGCUACUUCUCUCGCAAAAGUUGCUGAUGUGGAUAGAAAUCUCGGAAAUGAAGAUGUGGCAAUUGAUGGAUUUCAAGAAGCCAUUAAAUUGUUGGAAUCCUUGACAUUAAAGUCUGAAGAAGUUGGCCUUGAGCAACGUGUAAGAUUACUGUCUGCUCGGCUUUAA